AUUCCAGAAAAUGUGCAUGAAGAACAGCUGGUGAACAGCGCGGAUCUGGAUGCUGCUGCUGUUGCUGCGAUGAGUAAAGGAGAGGAGUUUCCCACAGUGGAUGCAUCACUGACCGGUGGUCACGAGAAUGUCGUAAGUUAA